GUUACUCGGCCGUUUAAUGGCGCCGUUUUCGCAGCUGUGUUCGCCGGCUACGCCUGCGUGCCCCUGGGUGUAAUUGUGUUGCCUGCCUUCGGUGGGGCUUCUCCCUCGAUAAGAGACCGGCGCACGAGGAAAGGGGACGGCAACGAGAGAGGAGAACAGGCUGAGAGUGGCGGGCCUUCGGACGACUCGGAUGAAAGAAAUGUAUCCCAUCGUAUCCUUCAUCACGCUGUGUGUCCUUGCAACAAACAGGGUGGCCCACGGUCUGGACUGUUUCAAGUGCGUCUCGCUCGACCAUGAAAACCCAGCUUGCGAGGACCCUUUUCACAACAACUACACUGCCGACCUGCUUGUGUCGCCCUGCAUGUCGUCACGAAAGAAUCGCAACGGGCUGUUCCCGGCCACCGCCUGCAUCAAGCUAAACGGUGUUUACGAGGAGACUGGGCAAACAAUGGUGGUGCGCAGCUGCGCGCUCGACAGUGGGACGCUGACCGUGGACACGGAGAUCGUUCGCAUGAGCCACUGCGGCGGCUUCUACUUCGAGGACCGCUACGUGCGGGGCUGCCUGCAGAGCUGCUUCGAGGACGCUUGCAACGCGGCCGGUGGCGGUCCACGCAGACGCCCGCUGCUCCUGAUGUCGGCGCUCUUCCUCGCCUCAGUCGCCGGGAUCGCGCUGGCGCGCUUAUAGGCGGCGACGGAUCGCGGAUUGAAGCCAUACCCAGGACUGUUGUUGUUCAUAUGCCACCACAUACCGCGUGUCGGCCACUGGUGUGUGUGCGCGCGCGUUUGUAUAUAUAAUUCAGCUUCAUGCGGGGGCUCCCGUACGACAAUAAGGGGGCCAUAAAACGAGCGGUUUUUGCAGGUAUACUCAUUGUAAUCGUAUAAAGUGCUUGCAAGAAUGUGUGCUUUCCAGUGCCGUCGGUGCUUGCCUUUACGCGUGUACGUUCUUGUUUUUGUUUUUCCCGUUACACACGUCUCAGCCUCCGACUGACGCAAUAGUCGCAUGUACUGACGCCUCUGUCGUUGCCAGGAAGCUGAAACGUGGCGGGGAGGUCAAUCAGUUGGGUAUUUUUUGGUUCGCUAGCCAUUUUAUAGACGCCAGAAGUGUAUUCUGCAUGGGUGGCUGCCACGCUACGCGUUCAAUAGCCUGUAACUUGCGUUAAGGCCAGUACCACAUCCUGAGCCUGUGAGGCGUGGCGGGUCAAACACUGCCACAUUUUGCCGGCUGUACAUCGGAGUCACUGAAAUACACCCUAUCAUAACAGUGAGCUUUUGUAAGAGCCACAACUACCGUAUCGAGUUUAUUUGCUUUACAGAUAAAAACGAAAAAAUUCAGGUUAUAGCAAAACUGAACAUCCGGCGGACGAGUUAUGUUACACCAAGCGAAUGAAGGUGCAGGGUUCAUAGUUUUUAGCCACACCGUUGAGUACAGUCUGCAUAUAUGACGUAAGACGUCGUUCCAAAGCACUUGCAUAGACAUGAAACGUACUUCAGACCUGUCACAAGGGGAGCGCUUACAUUUAGUUUAUAAAUGUAAGCGGUGCCUAGCUGUAACAAAGGCCCUAUAUUGAACAGGACCACGCAAACUCGGCCAAGUAAAAUGCAGCGAACAUAAAAGAAGUUAUACUGUAGGAAGCACUAAAAAUAAACUAAAAAUCGUGCGAAAAAACUUCAAAGUGCCGCUCCCACCAUGCAAUGAAAACUUGUCUCCUCUCGGUUGCAGUGCGAGUUAUUAGCCGUUCAUCUUUAGGCGUUCAUGAAGGCAGGAAGGAAGACUAAACUUCAAGUCACACUGUCACGCAGUUCUCGAACUUUGUUUGAGUUGUGCACCAUCGCUGUACAAAUACCCCCUAGUAACGGCAUCGUCCCAAUAUAUUUCAGACGGCAUUGUAGAGAGCAGUUGUACCAAGAGAACUGAAGUAUGAAGCUGUGCGGACAAUUCCCGCGGGCUCAGGACAGCCGCUUUAGUCAUACAAAUUAACUUUGACAUCUAAUUGCUGUUAGCUGUUUUUGUUCAUGGGGGCGACAUUGUUGUUCCUGGACAUAUUUUACUGUUUGAAUGACUGUGGAGAAACAAUUGUUCUAACAGAAACAAGUAUGGACCUGUAAACGAAGCCAGUCGGAGAAUAUCACUGCAAAGCAAUUUUUUUCCUCGCUUCUCCGGAAUUGGUCAGUGACUAUACUAUCUCUGUUCAAACCGUAAGGUAUUUCACCCAAAAUAUACGGCGCUAUGGCUGGCCGCUUCUAUUCAAGAUAUGAACCAAGGAAAACGUCAUCUUCCGUCGCAUAUUCGCGGCUGCCCUACGCCAAUUAGCGUCUAAGGCCCUAGAUAGCAUGUUUAGUGCCACGAGAAAACGACGAAGACGGGAAAUGAAAGAAAAGAAGGGGCACGUUUUUUUCUCCAUCUUCAUCGUUCUCGCGCUGCACUAAAUAUACUACCUUACCAAGUAGCCCAACUUUUAACACCAUUGCUCUACAUAAACUGCGUUGGCGAGAUGAAACUCCUACAUAUUGUUACGUGGACAUACGUGUAGCUGCCUGCGUUGUAAAUGACAUUAAACCCUUUCAUUAAUACUAGAAUUAUUAAGUGAUUGGCGACUCCAAUAAAGUAAUCGCUACAAACUAGCCAACAAAUUCUUUCUUAUAGUAGAUUAAUCAUGUGACCGUAUAGGUGAACACCUCAAGUACACUUCCUAAGGAAGUUACUUCUUUUUUGUUUCCUCAGUCCCUACAUUCUUUCGCGAUAAAUAUUUAUUAGGAGA